UCGCCAGACAGCUCGCCGCUACGGGUGCAUCUCGCGGCAGUUCACAGUCGUCUUCUAAAGCAAGCUCAUUAGUCGUUCAGCAUUCGGCCGGGACACCUUUCCGUGGAUCACGCUACACACGUUCGAACAUCUCGUGUCCCGUUCCACUCGAUAUUCCACCUUUAUCUCCUCCGUAAACACUUCUCCCUCCAUCCAUCUAUCUCUUAUCUCACCUUCCGUUCCCAAUCAGAGGCUAUCGACCAACUACCAGAACAAAGUUUUCAUCGAACAAGUUAAGAAACAAACAUCUCCCGCCGCGCUCGAUAUCGCACAGUCUUUCCGCGAGGGGAUGCUCCGAAGCUCGAUAGGCUCUCGUACACGUGCUAGUUGAUCGUCUCUUACUUCUUCCACCAAAAUAUUUUUAAAUACUCGCGAUUCAUCGUCCCCGCGCGUUUUCUUCGGUUAUGACAUCCGUCCGGUUCCAGUGAAUCUCUUGGAACAGUCUGCGAGUCUCCUAUCCAACGACGUCUCGAUGAUCGAGUGUCGCGUGGCAUCGAUAUUCUUCGAACGGAUAAGUCGAACGUAAGGAAACACCAACCACGGUAUCGUGAAAAUCGGUCGAAAAAGGACGAUAAAGGGGAAAGGGAAGCGCGGAUCCAGAUACACGGAUCGAUCAGGUGAACGGGGUGUACGUAAUCGAGGGUGAAGGCGGAACUCGGGCGAGCCGAGGUCGUCGACACCGCGACGCGACGUCGUCGGUGCGGAAUAUCAAGGGAAAUAUAACGAGCACGGUAUCGAGAGAGCGAAACUCGGCCGAUGGUCGAAACAACGUCGACUCAACGGUUCGCGAUCAAGUUACCCAUGCUGCAACCACCGUCUCCUCUCUUGGAGAUGGCAUCGCUACGUCUGCCGGACUCCGAGGAGUUUGACGUUGAUACGCGUCGUAGAAGCAACAAUGGAAACGUCCCGCCUACCACCGUUUCGGCCAUUCCACAGACCACGGGUACCCUCUUGCAGAUGAGGAACGAUCUUGGCGAUUAUUUGAACAACCUGAUCGCGGAGGCUAUCACGACCAAUCCCAGGACAUCGAUGGAGGAGCAGAGUGGACUUUUGAACGCCAGCAAGACGGCGAACCUCUCGACCGCUGAACAAAUUCCCGAUCGGCUGUACAGGCACAGCAUGGCUAUGUCGGCGGUUUACUGUGUCGCUUACGUUCUGGUCUUUGUCGUCGGUCUGAUCGGGAACAGUUUCGUCAUAGCCGUGGUGUAUCGGUCACCGCGGAUGCGGACUGUAACGAACUUCUUCAUCGUCAAUCUCGCGGUCGCCGAUGUCCUCGUCAUUGUCUUCUGCCUGCCUGCUACCCUGAUGAGCAACAUCUUUGUCCCAUGGUUCCUGGGAUGGUUCAUGUGUAAAGCCGUCGCUUAUAUACAAGGCGUUUCCGUGGCGGCCUCUGUCUACAGCCUUGUUGCGGUUUCCUUGGACAGGUUCCUGGCGAUCUGGUGGCCCCUGAAAUGCCAAAUAACAAAGAGGCGAGCUCGCAUGAUGAUAGUCGUGAUCUGGUUCAUCGCCCUCACCACCACAUCUCCGUGGUUGCUCUUCUUCGAUCUGGUGUCGAUUUACGACGACGAUCCAGACCUGAGGCUCUGCCUGGAAGUGUGGCCGCACCCCGAAGACGGCACCCUCUUCUUCCUCAUCGGCAAUCUAACAUUAUGCUACGUUCUUCCCACGAUUUUGAUCUCUCUUUGCUAUAUCCUGAUCUGGAUAAAAGUAUGGCGAAGGCAUAUCCCCUCUGACACGAAGGACGCUCAGAUGGAGAGGAUACAGCAGAAAUCGAAAGUAAAGGUGGUGAAGAUGCUGGUCGUCGUAGUGAUUCUGUUCGUGCUGUCGUGGCUGCCGCUCUACGUGAUCUUCACGGUGAUCAAGCUUGGCGGAGACGUUGCCGAAAGAGAGGACGAGAUCCUGCCUAUCGCCACGCCGAUCGCUCAAUGGCUUGGCGCCAGUAACUCCUGCAUCAAUCCCAUCCUGUACGCCUUCUUCAACAAGAAAUACCGUCGUGGUUUCAUCGCGAUCCUCAAGAGCGGACGCUGCUGUGGCAAGAUCAGGUACUACGAAACGGUGGCCAUGAUGUCCUCGUCGACCAGCAUGAGGAAAUCUUCGUACUACGUGAACAACAACAAUAACAACUCAUCGACCAGGCGAACCUUCCAUGGGCCGCCGGUGCACCAAGAGAGCAACGUUUCCUACAUAUUCAACCACACCGGCGUCUAAAUCAGUAAACACUUCGUAGUGAUUCGAUGUAUUCCGAGGCUGACUGCCCGGAACGGGCUUAACAGUGAGCCGGUCCGAGAUUCUGGGUCACGCGUGAUCGUCACGAUUGUCACUCGGAUCGGAAGUCGCCGAUUACAGAGUCCCAACCAUGGAAGCACGUUGCCAACCCGCGAAAGCGAUCGUUUGCUCGUUUCUUCUGCCCCUUCGUUUUUCUACGCAUCCUUUGAUUUUGAUCGCGAUCGUAUGUAACGCGACGCGUUCCAGUUUCCCCUAUUGUCGACGAAUCUGUCGUUUUCUAUCGUCUCGCGCAACGUGCAUCGUAAUUUCAUUGAAGACGAGCGUGAUCGUGUAACCACGCUGCUUUUACAAAUAGAUCUGCACGCGUCGUUGUCACGGAUCCCUUCUUUGCCUCGAGGUAUCCGGACUGGAUGCGAGACAUUCUUUCGGACUUACCUUGCGACGAAGAAACUGAGUAAAAAGAUUCGACGAACGAGGACGUAGAUCGCGUUCAGGUGCUCGCAUACUUCGGAGGCUUUCCUCUUUUUUACGAGCACCUUUCUAGAUUUUUAAGGUAUUCACGAACAAAGGGACCGAGUUGUCUGCUUCGAGCGAAACAAGCGAAAAAUGUGACGGCAACGAGUAGAGGGACAGGACAGAACUAGCAACUUCAUUUGUCCGAACCUUUGAAGAGGCGAGAGAGACAAACGGUUUAACACGAUGGAAACUGUACGUCGAUUCGCCUCGCCAUCUACGAUUUCUCGUUCAAAUAGUAAAAGUUCGGGCAACGAGAGUUUAGUUGACUCAACUAGUCGCUGAUUAAAAUUUCGUUCCAAUGAACGCGGUUCUACCGUAAAAAGUACGUGAGUUCGAUACGUCACCGCCACAAGACACGGUGUACGUUGCUCGCGAUACUCGCCAGCGUAAUUAGCGUGCGAAUACAAUUAAUAAUUCCGAGAGAACGGCUGGCAGCGCGACACAGACCGUUUGCUAUAACGAUGCUUCUGGAACUGGUGGUCCAUUCGUAAUUGUACUUGUCGUCUGAACGAAAAAGGUCGCUAGCGAAUUAAGAAACUGCGCGCACCGUUGACUCGUCACGACGAUUUACUCAUAGGUCCUUAGGAUAACGUAAUACAGAAAUUUAUCCGUGCAUUGCAUGCUGCGAUUUAAGUGACACUAAUUGCAUAACACCUAACGUUACCUUACACAUUAUUGGUAUAGCAUAUACGUGAGUUAUCGAGAUAGAGAUAAAAAGGGAAAACGAAAGAGAAAGUAAGCUAGAACAGAGGCUGAAACAGAAUGUAGAAGUAAAAGAGAGAGAGAGAGAGGGAGAGGGAGAGAGCAUUCGAGAAUUUUUAUUAAACACUACCUCCGCAUGCGAGAACAGCAGAUUACUACGUAUAUACACUACUUGUACUUAUUAUUCGUAGCACGGUCGACUCCAGCAAGUAUAAUACAUAUACACGUAUAUACAUAUAUAUAUAAAUAUAUAUAUACAUAUAUAUAUUUUCUUAUCGGAACGUUAGACGAUCUAGUUGAUAUUUUUUUUUUUCUUUUUGUUUUCUGGGGACUUCUUACGGUGCCAUACGUAUAGCGAUAAAUACACGUGCCGCGCGUAUCAUCGCGCAAGAAGUAAAAAAUAUUUAAAAGAAGCGGUUAACGCGUAAUCGACGCACCGACCAGACAGCGAAGAGAGUGCGCACGAUGGUUCUAACGUUACAUCGAUCGAAACGAUGGAACGAUCGAACGAUUAACAACGCUUUCGUCUUUGCCACGUUGUCAAGUUGCCUGCCUCCUUCCGUCUUCUGUGAUCCAAUUCAACUCGUCGCUUGUUCCACUCCCAAACCCAGUCGCACCUACUCGUUCCUCUGUGUGUCUACGCCGACCUAGAGAAAGGCGGAAGCGCCCGACUUUACAGUUUUGUCUCGAAUUAAUAUCGACCGAUUACGCGUGCGACGGAUCAACGCGAUGACUGGCGACAAUAACAACCUUUUACGCCCCAGGAGGGCAGCUCCUGCCGCGAGUUAGUUCAGAGAUCAAGCUACGUAAGUACUCGUGACAAAUAGUUCGACAUCAUAGUGACGCUUUUGGUUAUAUUUCGAUCACGACGCUUGAUUUCACCACGAUAUAUCGCGAUUAUAAUUGGUGGAAAGAGGAUCGAUCGAUUUCGAUGAUUUUCCACGAGCACGCGUUCGUAUUAUUUUACAGCUCGAUCUCUCCAACCGUAACGUAGAGAUAUCGUACAGGGCGUUGUAGUUGUUUCCUGUCAAACUUUGUCGCUAUAUCGUAUAAGCAGGAGAAGAAGAAAGUACACACGUAUGUACGUAUAUGGAUUGUUCGAAGCUUUGUCAAAAAGUUGUAAUGAAAAUAUAGAAUACAAAGGAAAGGGUAACACAAGUAUCGCUAGAUUUUAAUACUUCGUUUGAUAAUGUUCAUCGUUCCUGUCGAUACACGACUGACUGAUACAAGCUGUAAAAAAGUUGGAUUUAUUUCGAUAUUUUAUUCGACGAUAGAGUUCAUUUCGAUUUUAUUGCAACUCGGUAAAUCAAUCGUUGAUUCUUGCAAUCAAUGCCAGUUCGAUAUAUCUUUCCUCGAAAGAGCAAAGUAUCGUUCCCUUUCCUUUCUGUAGUUUUCUUACAACAUUUUGCUAUACGAAACUUCGAACAACCCUAUUCGUACAACAUUCAUUUUCUUCUUUGUGCUCGUACAACGUACCGACAUAGUUUAGCCUGGAUAAAACGGCAACGCUUCGUAGUUUUCGCUCGUUUUCUAGCCACGUGUCGCUGUAACUCGCCAACGAGGAACAACUUGUCGAAGCACGUAUAAUUCGUCUUACAGUUGCUUAGUUCAAAGAAUCGCUAUGAAAUUGUAAUUUUCCCGUUAUCUGUUCAAAUUCCACGUUAUUUCAACUACUUUCUGUACAUUACUUUUGUUAAAUUUAUUAUUUAAAAAAGUCGCGCAUUUCAUGGCAAUUCGCGCGACAGUCUACGAUAAACCGAACUUGCGAUCGUUUCGAUUUCCACCAAAUACAAAAUUAUUCGUUUUCGAUGUUGAAACACGAAACUCGUAAUUUGAUUAUUUCGUGUAUACUCCAUCGACAAAGAAUCGAGACUAUCUUUCACAAACGUUUGUUCGCUUUUAACGAGUUGCAAAUAACGAUUCGUUGUUCUUGUACGAGACUCUUAUCGGGCAUUCGCGUAGCGCACACCCUUUCCUCCGUGUCGGAGGAUAUCUCCGUCGAUCAGCCGUGGAUCGUUUCCCUUCGGCGAAGAAUCCGAUACGCGCGAUAACAGCGAGAUGGAAAUCGCGACGAUCGACGAAAGGAAAGGGCAAAGGAAAUGGGAAAAAAGGCAGCAUGGGAUUUCACGCGCGCUUUAACGCUACCGACGAGCAUUAUACCUCGAUCCUUUGUAAUACCGAUGUAAGAUGGUAACGUGUUAAAACGAAAAGCUGCGGGGUUUUAUGAUAGAGCAACUAUUUUCGUAAGGUUUUUAUACGUGGCGAUGACAGGAUCUAGAUGUAACGAAAACGUAUGCGAAAUAUAAUUGUACAGACGGCUGUAAACGAGGAAUACUUUAUUCAUAUCUAUCGUAGGCUCGUAACCGAUGCGACGCCGACCGAGUCUCGCGUGACGUUUCUUAAAAAGUAACAAAUGUAAAACGGAGAAACCGUUAGAGAUAAACGCGCGAGGGAUAAGUGGCGAAAGCUAAGAGAAAAGUAAUUGUAAAAAUGAACGAGGAGGAAAUGUAGAGAUAACAAAAGGACUUACGAGUCGAGGAAGUAACUAUAAAUAAUCGAGAAGCGACUGUAUACUUACGUAAGCGCGACUCUAAGCAUCUUGUAAGUUAACAAUCUACUACAUAUAUCGUAAGAACAUGAUAUUUAUAUAAAUAGCAUUUAUGUAUACGGUGUAUGCAUAUGUGUGUGUGUGUAUAUAUAUAUAUAUAUAUACACACACACAUGUAUACAUUUAUCGUACACGUGAAAACUAAACGUCUAUCCGCUGCUGUCUUUAUGUACAUAAUGUAACUUAUCGUGUAAUAUUAUUGUACAUACAUAAGUAUCGUAUAUCAUUGCUAUAUCGUUACUAUAUACACCGCCGUUACCUUCGUUCUUAUUCGUUGCUCUCUAAUCGGAGAGAGAAAAUUCUUACUCGUCUCAUCGAGAAAUAUCCUCAUCGGAGAGCGAACGAGCUUGUUCACCGUUUUACCGUCUCGUGAGAUACGUUUCGUGUACGCACAGUCAAAGAAAGACGGACUUUUUGCUGUUCUAGAAAAGGAGUCUCUCUCCCUCUCUCUCUCUCUCUCUAUAUCUCUCUAUCUCUCUAUCUCUUUCUCUUUCCGUAUCUCUAUCGUUGGAUCCGUUAUUAUUCGAUUAAUUGUCGAUAAACGCUCUCGAUCGUGUAUAUGUUCGUUUCGAUUGUACAUAUAUAUAUUAACCGCUGUAUUUCGAGCACCGCCCAUGCGUUCACGGUGUUUCGAACCUACUCGAAGGAUUCAGAUUUUAUUGAUAAAUGUUAUUCCAACUA